GCCCAUGGCUGCAGCUCCAAAUCCCUCUCAUUCUUCUCCAACAAAAUGGAAUCACAUGAUCAAUCGGAGUAUGUUAUGCUGCUGAUUCUAUCUUCUAGGCAUGACAGCAACAAUUGGUGAGAUUUUCUCCUUGUUGUUCAUCUCUUAUAUAUCCCCUUGCUGAUCUCUUCAAAUCACAGGACCUCAAGGAAUUCCUCAUAAUAAUCCCUAAUGUACAGAGAUGAGGUUGUGCUUCCUAUUGAACUCCAUGCAGUGAUAUUCCUCGCUUCUUAUCGUGGUUUGCCGCCGUUGCUACUUCUGCUGUGCAGCAUGUGCCCUGGCUGCGAUGAAUCUGUUAUGCCACUGCACAUAUUUUCCCGUCGCUGGAAUCCAGGAAUCAUUUGCAUUGUGCUGCGGAAAUACCAUGCUGCUGCAGUGCUUCAUGGAGGCCAUCUCAAUGUGCCGUGUCGCCUUCCGAAACCAGCAGCACAUCCCAUCGAUUGUCGACCGUUUUGCUGUCCAUUAUUGGCGUUGGUCGCCAUCGAGAUCAUGUCCAGCAGCGAUGAACAUUGAUGUGAGUCCCUCCCCCCUAUCUCAAUCUUGUAUACAUAUUCUUUUCCAUAAAUCAUGAGUCAUAGUCCAAGUUUGAUCAAAUUAUGUCAAAAGUUUUCCCGCAAUCGUGUUGCUGUCCUUUUUGGACAGCAGUGCUAUUGCUAGUCAGCGUUCAUGUUCUCCAUUGAUCUGUCAAGAUCUAUGAUGAAUCCUUUGAAUAUAACAUCAUUUAUAUAUUUGCACACGUCCCUGCAAAAUUUCAUAGCGAGACACUUCAAGAUGAAAGAGAUAUAAUCGUCUUUUCAGUGCUUGCUGUCCCUGCUAUUUCAGCAGUGUUGUGCCUCUGUUUGGUAGUGAUGUUCCCCAUAAUACAUUAGUCAAAUCAUCAAACCAUUCA